ACUGUUCUAUCUUAAGGGAGGAUACAGCAGCUGAUUGACAGCUACACAUGUCCCGCCCCGCAUCCCUUUAGCAUCCAAUCAGAAAUUACGUUGCUUUGUUGUCGUACGUGUACUGACAAUCGCGAGGGAGGCUAUCCGCUAGAAACAGACAUAACAAGAUGGAGGUGGAGCAGAUCUCGUCUCUGUCGGGCCCAGCACUGGCCCAGGCUGUCAGCUCUCUGCUGGAGACCCCUGGCCUCUACGUCUUCUCUGACAUCCUGGAGCUGCCUAAUGUCAGAGAGCUGGAGAAUGGCCCCCAUGCACCAGUGUACCAGCUCCUGAACCUCUUUGCCUAUGGAACCUACUGCGACUACAAAGAGAGAGCAGCCUCUCUUCCAGAGCUGACCCCCGCACAGAGGAACAAACUCCGGCACCUGUCGAUCAUCAGCUUGGCUUCCAACCUCAAGUGCCUGCCGUACUCACUCCUUCUGCAGCAGCUGGAGCUGAAGAAUGUGCGGGAGCUGGAGGACCUUCUGAUCGAGGCCGUUUACUGCGACAUCAUCCAGGGUAAACUGGACCAGAGGAACCAGCAGGUGGAGGUGGACUGCAGCGUGGGCCGUGACCUCGGCCCCAACGAGCUCCCGAACAUAAUUAACACAUUGCAGGAGUGGUGUACCGGGUGUGAGGCGGUGCUGUGCGGCAUCGAGGAGCAGGUGUCGAGGGCCAACCAAUACAGAGAGAGCCAGCUCAAGGUCAAAGUCCAAGUGGAAACAGAGGUUUCAAACCUACAGAAAACGUUAAAGGCCAGCGCAGCUUCUCCAUCAUCAGGCCCCUCACCGGCCGGAGCCGCCUCCAAUCAGGACGCAGAUCAACCCGCCGAGGCGCGAGACCCCGCCUCCUCUCAGGAAACUCGGCAACCGGGUAAAAAAAGUUCAAAAGUGAAAGGGCUGCGUGGCAGUGGGAAGAUCUGGUCCAAGUCCAACUGAAGACGAGAGAGAGAGCACGACGGCGGCACUGAUGGACACUCACUGAUGAACGCACAGGUGGACAUGUUAACGGACAAAUGAAAACAUUACACAAUGUGACAGAUGUUCACGGACACCCUCGCCACAUACUCUUAGCAAACCAGGAAGCUUCAUGGGAACUUUUCUCUUCACCUAACGCACCGUCGACGGAUUCAGAAACACACGCCGACCGAUGGAUACGACAGGUGUGACAUCCACACUUGCAGUUGUUAAUGGCCGAACAAGUGGACUGUCGAUAUAUAUAUAUACACACACACACACACACACACACACACACAGAGCACUUACAACACAUGAAGAAAGAGGAUCAGUGGAUUUGAAGCGUAUGCGUGUGUGUCGGUGUGUGUGUUUAUCUCUAUUGGUAUAAACCUUUUUUUUGUGGGGGGGGGGUUAGAUUUAUUCUAUGUUGCAUUGUAUUUUCUUCUAUCUGCUGAGUGGAGACCUGUUUAAAACCAGAGUAUAAAUUGUUGGGAAAUAAAAGGAAGCCCUGUACUUAU